GUCGUCAUUACGUGACUGUGGUGAUGGUGACUGUGACGAGGAGGAAUCGGUGGCCGUGGGUGACGUAUGAGCCUCUGAGUGAGGUGCGUGAUCGGAUGGGGACGAAUGAGCCUCAGAUUGAGGUGCGGAAUUGGUCGGUGACGAAUGAGCCUCAGAUUGAGGUGCUGAAUUGGUCGGAGACGAAUGAGCCUCUGAUCGAGGUGUGUGAACUGUUGGUGACGAAUGAGCCUCAAAUUGAGGUGUAUGAUCGGCAGAUGACGAAUGAGCCUCAGUUUGAGGAGAAGGAGCAGAUGAGUUGGUAUGCACUGGCGGUGAAGGAUCCAAGCUAGGGGCCGACGGCGAUGAUGAUUCUGCGUCUACGAGUGGCACUGUGGAGACAGGAACAUGACUGACGG